UGCCGGAAACUGCUGUGAGACGUCGUGCUGCGGCUGAACUAGCAUACGAGCUGCGUUUAAAAGCCACAUGGCUAAUGAACUACAACGCCGGCUUCUCGUGUCCUCAUUGGUCCGCAGGUGAUUACCAGGAUUGGCUUGUGUGUGUGUGUGUGUGAGAGAGAGAGAGAGACUUAUAGCAGCCAUGGUGGAGGUGUUCACCGGCCGGACCCUGCUCAAUAAAGACGGGGACUUCGUCGACCCGGAGGAGGCGCUGAGGAACAAGGUGGUGGGGAUCUACUUCUCGGCUGGAUGGUGUCCGCCGUGUCGAGACUUCACGCCCAUCCUGUGCGACUUCUACACGGAGCUGGUGGACGAGGGUGAACCUCCGGCUCAGUUUGAGAUCGUGUUCGUCUCCUCCGACAAGUCGCCCGAUGACAUGGUCGAGUACUAUCACGACAUGCACGGAGACUGGCUGGCUCUGCCCUGGACGGACGAUUAUAAACAUGAGUUGAGGCAGCGCUACAAGAUCACAGCUGUGCCCAAACUGGUGAUUGUGAAGGAGAACGGCGACGUGAUCACAGACAAGGGCAGGAAACAGAUCAGAGACCGAGGCCUGGCCUGCUUCAGGUCCUGGUUGGACGCUGCGGAGAUCUUCCAGAACUUUAAGGGUUAGAAACACAACGCUAACAAGGACGACAUGGAGGGAAAUGUCCACCUGUCUAUUCACUGGGGCUCCUGCAGCCACAUUAGAGAGCUGAACAAAACCAGUUAAAUAUUUCUACCUUCACUUUAAGUGGUUCAGUGGUUUCCAACCUGGCGAGAAAAAACAAAUUAUAUUGUUGUUGCACAAAAUUCGGACUUUUGCUUUUUUCCUGUCAAAUCCUUGACAUUUUUUAAUUCUUCAUUGUCAAAAAAAACCUUCAAAUGAAAUAAUCUGACACGGAAGUCUAACUUUGGUUGAAUUGCUCACAAGUCAUCCUAUGAUGAGGGGUUUGUAACUACAUGUUGAUUGUUUUAAAGGGGCAGUAUGUAAGAAAUUUAGCUGAAAAUUGACUAAGAUUAUCAACAGAAUGUGAUUGAAUAGCGAUUUCUAUAUUAUCAUGUUGAAGAUAGCAUGCUAUCCAGCUAGCCCUGGCGGUCACAGUCCAAAGCUCAAGUGUGCUGGCGGUCCCCUUGUCCACAAGCUCCUAGUCCAAACCGCUGAGCUAACUAGCUAAUUCUUACACAUCGCACCUUUUUUAAAGGAUGGGAAACGCUGCUUUUACUUGCUGACUUUUACUAAACAUUCUAUGCAUUUAAGACAAACCUCAGGUGUGUCUGUUUAGUCGUAGUGUCUGUAGUUUGUCUCUCUGUUUAAAAACAAAAAAAUGCACAUGUCAAUGUUGUAGGCUAAUGCACUAAACAGCUAAACUGUGACCACAUUAAGUAGAUAACUGCUUUCCAGAGAGCUUGCUUUUGUAUGUUAAAGGCUGGACUUGUAGUUCUACUUUGAGCUGCUUUUAUAUUUUUGUAUGUUGUUUUUUAAUGAGUUGUUCAGACAGUUAUUAUUAUUAUUAAAAAAAAAUCCAAUUAUGA